GUAGGAACGCAUAUGAGGACUUUCAGUGUGUCCUUCGUCAAGCAAGGGAAAUGGCUACUGCGUUGAGACAGUCAGCAAAGUAUGGUCUCUUGGGGAGACUUGCGCCGUUUGUCGUCCCGGCGUCUUUCCACGGUCGAAAUGGGAUCGAUCGCAUCGCCCUGCCUUACCUAAUGUCAAACAAGAGGCAUUCGUCGUCCGGUACUAAAAUUAAAGUCGACUUGGACAGCAGCACAGGGAUUGCAGUGAUGAGGUUUCAGAGUCCCCCGGUGAAUAGUCUGAGUCUGGACUUCUUGACUGAGUUUGCCAUCAACAUGGAGAAACUGGAGAUGGACAAGAGCUGCCGGGGUUUGAUCGUCACCUCCGCUCUGCCAAAGAUCUUCUCUGCGGGUCUGGACAUCCUGGAGAUGUACGGCAAGAGUCCAGAACACUGCGGAGAGUUCUGGAAAGCGGUUCAGGAGAUGUGGCUGAAGCUCUAUAGCUCCAACAUGGUGACAGUAGCUGCUGUAAACGGUUCCAGUCCAGCGGGGGGCUGCCUGAUGGCUUUGACCUGUGACUACAGAAUCAUGGCUGACAACCCGCGCUACGCUAUCGGCCUCAACGAAACACAGCUGGGCAUCGUGGCACCCUUCUGGUUUAAGGACACAAUGGCGAAAACGGUGGGACAUCGGACCACGGAGCUGGCGCUGCAGCUGGGACUCCUUUAUAGCCCCCAGGAUGCCUUGCGAAUCGGCCUGGUAGACCAGCUGGUUCCAGAGGAAGAGGUUGUGAGCACUGCCACAGAAACCAUGGCCAAGUGGUUUGCUAUCCCAGACCAUGCCCGUCAGAUCACGAAAUCCAUGAUGAGGAAGCCAACCAUUGACAAUCUGGUCUCCAAAAGGGAGUCUGACAUCAAGAACUUUGUCAGCUUCAUCACCAGGGACUCCAUCCAGAAGUCUCUCCGAAUGUACAUGGAAAGUCUGAGGAAGAGGAAGGCAUGAGACCGGUGUGUGAGGAGGCGAUGAAGAUCAUGAUGAUGAUAUAGUUGCUGCUGCCACCUCGUGUGCAGACCUGUCUGUUAAGCUUUCAUUCUCUCAUCUCCUUUAAAAACUGUGAAAAUGGCCAUUUUCUUUAGGAUGAAAACUCACUUUUGUACUAAUCGAACCAAAAAUGCCUUUCUCUCUGAAGGUCACGUUUUGAAGAUGUCUCGUUAGCAUUUUGCAGUUUGCCAGUGUAAAACAUUUGGGCUGUGAAUGUUUUCCCAUAACAGGUGGGGAUAUUGGGGAAAAUGUACAUAGUCACUUAAGUGGCAUCCUUGAAAAUAUCACACAACAUGCAUACAAAAGGGGAAAGCAGUUGGAAAAUACAGUUGAAAUGGUGUGAACAGUGGAAAAAGUGGCUUUGGCUUUUCUUGAAAGAAUCUAGUUUUAUGAUAUGACUGGCAGGGUCUUUUUAAAACUUUAUUUGACAUCAGGAAGAACCACACAUUUCUGAAUAGGAUUGGAUGUCCUCUGUUCCUUUGAUUUGAUGGUUGCUUAUGCCAGGAUGCUCCUUCAGGAAGGAGAGCACACUUAUGGGUCAAAGAGCUGGACGUCAACAGGGAAAUGGUCACUGACCGCUAGAGCCUGGGUGGAAAAGAGACCAGUCAGGGAAAAGGGCAACUGGAGGUUCAGUCCUGUCAAUGCGCUUCUAGCUGCAGCUGGUAUGUGAGAUGUUAAUGUAGUCCUCUGAAGGCUACAUUAACAAUUCUCCUAUUCCUUCUAGAGCUGUUACUGGAAACAUGACCAGAUUUGCACAAAUGGCCUACACAUGCAUGACUGGUUUACGUGUCCUUGGUGUUGUAGUCAUUGUAAUUACUAAUUGCGUAAUUCUUUUGAAAGAAACGUCCGCGUGGUUUGUGGACUCACCAUGUCCAGUUUGAGGUUUAGCGCGACCAUGUAGUUGUAGACCACAGCAGAACCAGGUAGCACUGCUUUCAUCAUGGGUGUGGUGGCCACGAUUCUGUUUGGAGGAAACGCAUAAACAUUUCAGCAUGAGAGCGUCGCGAACACGGAAGGUGAAGCUGCAAAUGAUCAAGUUUGGUUUUGAAAA